UGUUUAUUCAGUACCGAAGUUAAUGGUUUUGUGCUGACCUUAGGUAUAUCAUUAAGGUAAAAAGAGAAAUAAAUUAAACAUAAUUAUUCCCUUGCGCACUUUAUCAGACUUUAGUCAUAACUUAUUUAUAAUCUGCAUUGAAAUAGUAAUAGAAAUAAUUAAUCAAUUCUUAUGUAUAUUUCAGACAGACUCCUAGGUGGAUGAAAAAGAGCAGCAAUGAACUGGGGUGUCUAUGAAGCCCUGCUGACAGGAGUUAAUAAGUACUCUACUGAAUUUGGGAGACUUUGGCUUUCCAUUGUCUUCAUUUUUCGAGUCCUGGUAUAUGCAGUGUCAGCAACUCGUGUCUGGGGUGAUGACCAAAGAGAUUUUGACUGCAAUACUCGCCAGCCAGGAUGUACCAACGUCUGUUAUGACUACUACUUCCCUGUUUCUCACAUUCGACUUUGGGCACUGCAGCUCAUCUUGGUUACAUGUCCUUCUCUGAUGGUUGUUAUGCACGUUGCCUACAGAGAAAAUCGAGAGAGGAAGCGUAAAGAGAAACUUGGGGAAAACUGUGAUAGACUUUACAAGGAUAUUGGCAAAAAGAGAGGAGGACUAUGGUGGACAUACCUCCUUAGUCUCUUGGUCAAGGCUACGGUAGACAGCACAUUUAUAUAUGUCUUUUAUCGGCUGUAUGAUAACUUUUUCCUGCCUAGAUUGGUGAAAUGUCCUCUUGCCCCUUGUCCUAACAUUGUGGACUGUUUUAUAUCUAGGCCUUCUGAAAAAAACAUCUUCACCCUUUUUAUUAUUGUGACUUCUGCAAUAUGCAUAAUUUUGAACUUAGUGGAAGCAACCUACCUUAUUGGGAAAAAGUGCAAAGAAAACAUCCAUGGAAGUAAACAGAAAAGUUUUCACGAAAGAAUUGAAACAACAGCUCUCACUAGUUGCUCUGUUCACAGGGAAAAUAAAGAUUCCAAAAGAGCAGGAGAUACUCAUAAUGAAGUAGACUGUAAGACGUUGACCACCAAAGUUAGCACUACAUCUUGCAAGAAGACAAAAGAAAAAAAUGAUGAGUGACAUUUCCAUUGCUGUUGUGUCAGAGAAACACACCUGACUGUAAAUAUUUAAUGCAAAUUCAUUUCAAGUAUGUUCUUAUGCCAUUCACAAGUCAAUCCCAAGUAACAUUUUAGGACAUCCGAAACAAAUCCCCAAGGAUGGCAACACAACAAAUUUUCAGAGAAAGAAACACAUUGUAUACUAAUACCGUGCGUGAUUUCAAUUUAAACUUGGGUUUUCCUUUAAGACUUAUGUGGUCUUGUAGAUUUUUGGCAGACUA